AUGGUGUUCAAGACUCCAAACAACAGGCUGACUUUGAAGAUGGAUCUGAACAAAGAUGGAUUAUCAGUGCCAAAGAACUACCAGCAUAACUUGGCCUUGGCCUUUGCUGUAAAAGAGCUCAAUGAGAAUCCUAACAUCUUACCAAACAUCACUUUGGGUUUCCACAUCCUCAACAGCUACUAUUUGGGGAGGAUGACCUUUAAAGCUAGCCUGAGUUUGCUUUCUUCACAGCACAGAUUUGUCCCCAAUUUCAAGUGUGAUGCACAGAACAAUCCAAUUGCAGUCAUUGGAGGACUGGAGUCAGAAACAUCUGCCAAUAUCGCCACCCUACUCAGGAUUUACAAGAUGCCGCAGCUCACUUAUGGAUCCUUUUCUCUCAUUGAGGGUAACACAUUGUUGCUCGAUUCCAUUUAUCAGAUGGUUCCCAACGAAGCUACACAAUACAUGACAGUCAUCCGGCUAUUGCAUCACUUCAAAUGGACAUGGAUUGUGUUGAUUGCUGCAGAUGAUGAUAAUGGGGACACGUUCUUGAAGAUCCUGAUGCCAGUGCUUUCUGAGAAUGGCAUCUGUGUUAACUUCACUGUAAGACUGCCAAAACAGACUUACUUACAAGAUGGGGUGGAGGUGUUUGCAAAGCAGAGAGAGUAUUUUACUGUUUAUUUCCAAACUAAAGCCAAUGUAUGUUUUCUAUAUGGAGAGAACUCUUCCGUGUUAAGUCUGAGAAUGUUGUUGUUCUUAGGCCCUUUCAUUUCAUUUCCACCAGUGCAUAAAGUGUGGCUUAUUACAUGCCAUUGGGACUUUGAAUCACUCUCCUUCCAAAGAGUCUGGGAUAUAGAGGCCUUCCAUGGUGCUAUAUCUUUUGCUGUUCACUCCAAUCAACCACCAGGAUUCCAAACAUUCCUUCAGUCCCUAAGUCCUUCCUGGGCAAAAGGAGAUGGUUUUAUCCAGAACUUCUGGGAGCAGGCAUUCAGUUGUUCCUUGGGAAAUCUCGAUGUUCAUGGGGACAACAAGGAAAUGUGUACUGGAGAUGAGAAGUUGGACUCCAUUCCAAAGACUUUGUUUGAAAUGAGCAUGACUGGUCACAGCUACAAUGUCUACAAUGCUGUCUAUGCAGCAGCACAUGUUUUGCAUUCUAUCUAUAUAUUCAGAACUGGACGCAGAAGAAUGGAAGAAGAAAGGACUCUAGGAUUUCAGAAUGUGCAGUCAUGGCAGCUGCAUCGUUUUCUAAGAAGUAUUAUGUUCAACAACAGUGCUGGAGACACUGUGAGUUUUGACGAAAAUGGAGAACUGAGAGUUGGUUUUGACAUUACCAACUGGGUAACAUUCCCAAAUGGAUCUUUCAUGAGAGUGAAAGUGGGAAAGCUGGAUCUUCAGGCUCCACAAGAUGAAAAGCUGACCAUUCAUGAUGAUCAAAUUGUGUGGCAUAGAACCUUUAACCAGGGAGUGCCUGUUUCUGUCUGCAAUGAAAACUGUUGGCCUGGGUACAGCAGGAAAAAGAAAGAAGGGGAGAAAUUUUGCUGCUAUGAUUGUGUUCCAUGUCCAGAAGGAAUGAUCUCUGAGAAGAAGGACAUGGAUACCUGUGUCAAAUGUCCACCUGAUCAUUAUCCCAAUCAUCACCAAAAUGGCUGUGUUCCCAAAUAUAUAAGCUUCCUUUCUUACAAAGAACCAUUAGGCACUCUCUUAGCGACCUUUGCUAUUUUCUUCUCUCUGGUUUCAGUUAUGGUGCUUGGGAUAUUUGUGAAGCACCAGGACAGUCCCAUAGUCAAAGCCAACAACCGAAACCUUACCUAUAUUCUUCUAAUCUCCCUUGUUCAUUGCUUCCUCUCCUCUUUGCUGUUCAUUGGACAGCCUGGAAAAGCGACCUGCCUUCUCCGACAAACAACUUUUGGCAUCAUAUUCUCGAUAGCCAUUUCUAGUGUGUUAGCCAAAACCUUGACUGUAGUUUUGGCCUUCAUGUCUACCAGACCAGGAUCUAGGAUGAGGCCAUUGGUAGGGAAAAGACUGGCCUAUUCUGUUAUCUUUUCCUGCUCCCUUCUUCAAGUAGGCAUUUGUGUUCUUUGGCUAAGUACUUCCCCUCCAUUCCCAGAUAGAGACAUGCUCUCAAUGAAUGACAAAAUCAUACUGGAAUGUAACGAGGGCUCAACAGCCAUGUUUUACUGUGUCUUGGGCUACAUGGGCUUCCUGGCUACAGUCGGCUUCGUUGUGGCUUUUUUUGCCAGGAAGUUACCAGACACUUUCAAUGAAGCCAAAUUUAUCACUUUCAGCUUGUUACUCUUUUGUAGUGUUUGGCUGUCUUUUAUCCCUACUUACUUAAGCACCAAAGGAAAAUCCAUGGUGGCUGUGGAGAUCUUCUCCAUUUUAGCUUCUGGUGCUGGAUUACUGGCUUGCAUUUUUUCUCCAAAGUGUUACAUCAUUGUCCUGAAGCCUGAGCUAAAUAAUAAGGAAAUCUUAAUAAAGAAGAAAAAAUGA